AUGUCUUUAUCAGAGUUUCCUCAUCAUUCUGCAAGCCAGAUACCAUCAUCAUCAACGCCACGACAUUCGCUCGAUAGCAAUACCAUAAACAGGCACCACACUAUGGUCGCACCUGUUGCAGCUGUUGAUGUUCGUUAUGAACAACAACAUCUUGAACGACAAGGCCGUCGGGAUCGUAGCUCGGUGCCUCACCGGAUAUCUGUGCCGAACCGCCGCUAUAACUAUCGAGAUCCAUUACCACCACCACCGACCCCUUCGUCUUAUUACAGCUCGCUUUCAUCUCCUCGUAGCAACAGCAAACAAUCUUCUUCUGAUAUGAUCGAGCUUCUUUUUACAAAGUUGUUAGAUGCUUUGAUAUUCACUUCAGCCAUUGCCAUCACCGCCUACAAUUAUUGGACUGGAUCCUUAAACAACAGUCGACAACAAGGCACUAUCACAGCAGGCCCAUCAUCAUCUUCGUCGUCUUCUUCAUCCACACCUCGAACACCUUUAUCCCCAAUGACAUUGCAAUUUCCUUCUCCUGUUGCUGUCAAUGAUAUUCGACCCUCGUCAUGGCGACAACAACAAUACAACAUGCACAAGAUGUAUGAUGACAAUGAUCCUCAACAACACCAACAACUCAAACGUUAUUCUUCAACAUCCACUUUGGAAGACUCUCGUCGUAAACGCACUUUGAAAUGGGCUGAGAGUGUUUCGCAUCAGCAACAACAACACAAACCCAAGACUCCUACCAAAGAGAGAGAAUACAACCCCGACGACAACAAUGACGACGAGACAUCAUCCUCUACCAGCACUAUCCGCAUCAGCAGAUCUAGCAAGAGACGUACACAAUCACUUCCACCAGCACCUCUAAAUAUUCAAAACCAACAUGGUGCGCAGGACGCCCAUGAAAAAGAAGAUGAAAUGUUUAAUCGUAUGGAGGAGCGUUUGCAGUCUUUAAUCGAACAGGGGCAAGCAGCCCUUUCCAGUCGAGUGGAUGUUGAUGACCACCUGGACGAGAACGAAAUUGCCAUGCGAAGGGCAUUCGCAGCUAGAAAGAAAUAUAGUUUUUGA